UCGCGAUGAACAUCGUGGUGGAGUUCUUCGUGGUCACUUUCAAAGUGCUGUGGGCGUUCGUGCUGGCCGCGGCGCGCUGGCUCGUGCGGCCCAAGGAGAAGAGCGUGGCCGGCCAGGUGUGCCUCAUCACCGGCGCGGGCAGCGGCCUGGGCCGCCUCUUUGCUCUGGAGUUUGCCCGGCGCCGGGCGCUGCUGGUUCUCUGGGACAUCAACACGCAGAGCAACGAGGAGACCGCGGGCAUGGUUCGUCACAUCUACCGGGACCUGGAGGCGGCCGACGCCGCGGCUCUGCAAGCUGGCAAUGGUGAGGAGGAAAUCCUGCCCCCAUGUAACUUGCAGGUUUUUACCUACACUUGUGACGUGGGAAAAAGGGAGAAUGUCUACCUGACAGCCGAAAGGGUCCGUAAGGAGGUCGGUGAGGUCUCGGUCUUGGUCAAUAAUGCCGGUGUGGUUUCUGGACAUCACCUUCUGGAAUGUCCGGAUGAGCUCAUUGAGAGAACCAUGAUGGUCAACUGCCACGCACACUUCUGGACCACCAAGGCCUUUCUUCCGACAAUGCUGGAGAUUAAUCAUGGCCACAUUGUGACCGUCGCCAGCUCCCUGGGACUGUUCAGCACUGCUGGAGUUGAGGAUUACUGUGCCAGUAAAUUUGGAGUUGUGGGUUUUCACGAAUCUCUGAGCCAUGAGCUAAAGGCUGCUGAAAAGGAUGGAAUUAAAACAACUUUGGUUUGCCCUUACCUUGUAGACACAGGCAUGUUCAGAGGCUGCCGAAUCAGAAAAGAAAUCGAGCCCUUUUUGCCCCCUCUGAAACCUGAUUACUGUGUGAAGCAGGCCAUGAAGGCCAUCCUCACUGACCAGCCCAUGAUCUGCACCCCCCGCCUCAUGUACAUCGUGACCUUCAUGAAGAGCAUCCUUCCCUUCGAAGCAGUUGUAUGCAUGUAUCGAUUUCUAGGAGCCGACAAGUGUAUGUAUCCCUUUAUUGCUCAAAGAAAACAAGCCACAAACAAUAAUGAAGCAAAAAAUGGAAUCUAAGAGUGCUUUGUAUGGAGUGCCCUUUCUGUCAGGGUGGUUCAGUCCAUGCACAUCAGCAGUACUGACAGCCUCUGGAUUCUAACCCCACGUCAACUUUUUUUUCUAAUCAACUUUUUAAAAAAUAAUAAAAUGUAAAUUAACUGACUAGGGUGCUUGAAAAAUGUGAGCUUGGGUUUUUGCCAAUGGGGCCUUUUUUAGACAGGGCCCUAAAAAUGAGUCCAGUAUUUAGAUAAGCACUAUGUGACAUCAUUAUUUUUUUAAUGAACAGAAAGUCUAGAAAUGAUGACUACAGUGUGUUUCAUGUGUAUGAUUCUUCUGAAUUCCCACAGAAUUCACUCAUUCAUUCAUGAUUGUGAAAGUCUAGCCAGCUGGCCCCUUGUGCGUUUAAGGACUGACAGUGCCGUGUUUUGUCUUGGGUUCUGGGUUCCACUCAUGCAAGUGUGGGUGGCUUGCUCAUGGUGUCUGGGGGUUUAGCUCUGAUAAAGGGGAAUUUCUGAUGUCAAUUUGUGAUCAGUGCUGUCUGAACAUACAGCCAAGGCCAGAGGGUCUCUCUCUUACACUACUAUGACUGAAAUACUAGAUGAUUUUUAAAUUCGAUCCCUAGAAUACUAAAUUGAAUGUUUAAAGACCUGAUUAAUCAAAAAGAUUGUACAUUUUCUACCUGUGAAUUUUGCUGCAUAUAUAAAGUGUCCUUUCCUCGGGGGGGUGGGGGGGAUGCAGAGUCGCAUUUGGGAGAGGGGGACCUUGUCGACAGAACACAGCAGCUCUACAAAGAAACUUUCUGAAAAUGGGAAUUUCUGCAUUAAAAAGUACCCAUGUUUGUGCCAACUCUGAUUAGUGUGGGGAACAAAUCUUGUAUGGAGUAUUGUGGAAGGCUGUAAAGAUUUCUUUGAAAGGUUUAUUCACAUUGUAGAACAGCAAAUGACAUUUUUACAGUAUUUUUUUGUAAAGCAAACUAUUUUGUGCCUUGAAUUUGGUAUAUGUGUAUUAGUGAAACAUUGUAAAAGUGAAUCUCUACCUCUGUAUCUACAUGUGUACCAUCCUCUUGUAAAUGACUAUGAACUAUUAUGUGAUUGCUUUUGUUUGUUUGUUUUAGGAUGUCUUGUUUAAACAGUGACCAAUGUUUAAGGCUAUUAAAAUAAGCCUACUUUUACUAAUCGGGAGGUUUUCUAAAGGACUAAUUAAAUACUUACAUAACUGA